GUCCAAAGCCUGCACGAAGCGUUAUUACAGCCCACGCCCUAGCAAAUACGUAGUACCCACGCGGUAUAGAGUAGGGUUGGGUUGCAGCCUCGUCACCGCAUGUAACAACGGCUAUUAUAACGCUCCCUUGCUCGAUCUCGGUCCUGGCUUUCUCAUGGAGCUUGGAACUUGCCAUGACCCUGUACAUGCAGCCGGCACUACGGAGUCGAACCCGACCGGCUUCAAGGCCCGCUGCGUCAGGUCCGCAUGGCUUGUGGGAUUUCUUUUCGUCUCGUCUCCAAGGCUCUCUUACAGCAUUCGUACAAGCAUCCUUUGCCAUCGUUUCCCUCUUAUUUGCCCGCUCGUUUAUACGAGGCAGACCUAUGUCCUCAGCUCUGCUUGCCACCCCUCAACCCCCUCACUUGAUACUCCGGCUUCUCUUCGUCUCCCUGCCCGCCGGUCUCUUGACUCGAGGCAUUGACGCCUCCCAGCGUGAAGCCUUCUUUCUAGCCCCGACUCUCAUAUGUCCCAGAGCGCCACCUUUUUUUUUCGCCGCUGCGGCAUGGCACCAUAGCAUUCGCGGGUGAAGCACGCAACCGACCACAUGGAUCCAGUACUCGCCUGCACUUGUAACAGUUACGUGAGCCAUGCACAGUAUGGUGGACAAGCACUCUGGAUGGAGCAGACACACACACUGACACGCACGCACAUGAUACAGCCAGCCACUGCUGGGAUAUCCCCUCCCCUGCCGGAACUGCGUAUAGGCA